AUGGAUGCACAGCCUGUAUCUGAAUGGCUAACAAAAUUUGUUGUUCAGUUUUUCCUGGAGCUGAUGAAGGUUCCACGGGUCGAGGCUAAGUUACGAGUAUUUGCGUUCAGAAUUACUUUUUCUAGUCAGGUGGAUGAUUUGAGACGAAAUCUGAAUAGCAUUAAUGAUGCUACUAGAGAGGUAAAAGAAUCUGUGAAAUUGCGUCAGAUAAUGCAAACAAUUCUCACUUUGGGAAAUGCUCUGAAUCAGGGCACUGCACGAGGUAAAACUCUGCUAGUGGAAGCUCUCCUUGCUGAGAAAUUGCCAGAGUUGCUAGACUUUGAUAAGGACCUUGUUCAUUUAGAAGCUGCCUCUAAGAUUCAAUUGAAAACUCUGGCUGAAGAAAUGCAAGCUGUGAGUAAAGGCCUUGAAAAGGUUGAACAAGAACUCACUACUUCAGUAAAUGAUGGCGCCAUCUCUGCUGGCUUUCAAAAGGUCUUGAAGAAUUUCCUUGACACUGCUGAAUCUGAAGUAAGGUCGCUUAUCUCAUUAUAUUCUGAAGUGGGAAGAAAUGCAGAUUCCUUGUCCCAGUACUUUGGAGAGGAUCCGGCUCGUUGUCCCUUUGAACAAGUGACACAAAUCUUGGUUGUUUUUGUUAAAAUGUUCAAAAAGUCACGAGAAGAGAAUGAAAGACAGGCUGAUGCUGAAAAGAAGAAAUUGGAAAAGGAAGCUAUGAAAGAAAGGGUAACCGCUAAUUUAUCUGCAAAGAAAGAUGGUGCUGAUAGCGAUAGGUCAAAACUUGGCUUUCAAAUUCAGAAAAACGCUCAUUAA